AAGUACAAGGUCUAUUACACAAACAACAUAGAGAUAUAUAUCGCAAUUGCAAAAACUUUCACGGAUAGGCAGGGAAGAAAUGGGCAACGCUCAGUCGCCUCCGGCGGAUCCUCGCUUUGCUUCUGCCACCAGAGCCUUUACUCCACACGAACUGGAUGACCUCAAAUUAUUCUUUGUUUCCCUUGCUGCUCAAUCUCAGAGCAAAGGUGACUACAUUUCCUCUUCUGUUUUUCAGGCAUAUUUUGGAUUGAAGGGGCCUUUAGGAGAGAGAUUGUUCGAUUUAGUUACCCAGAAGCGAAAAGAUAACAAACUCUCCUUCGAGGACCUCAUGAUAGCUAAAAGCGUUUAUGAGAAAGGAACAAAAGAUGAGAUUGAUGAGUUUGUUUAUCAAUUAUUGGAUAUAACAGAUGAUGGGAUUUUAGGAAGGUCUGAUCUAGAAUCUGUUCUAAUUGUGAUUUUGAAGAGUGUUUUUUCCCUGAAAGUUAAAGAAGAUGGAUCAAGCUCAUGUCAGGAUGUUGCCAACGUAUUUCUUAAUGCUGCAACUUUUUCAAAGGAUGUUCAAGGAGCUGCUGAAAAAAGUAUGUCUUUUGAGGAUUUCAGAGGUUGGUGUAGUCUUCUCCCAUCAGUCAGGAAGUUUCUUGGAAGCUUGUUGAUUCCACCAGAUGCAGGGAGGCCUGGUUCUCAAGUUCCUCACUUGGUGCAUGGGGAAAAUAUUGAUCCUAACAUGAUACUGUUAAGGAAGGAGUAUGCUUGGCAUAUAGGAGGAGCCCUUUCUCAACAAGAGCUGGAGGAAUGGAAACUUUUGUACCAUAGUGCUGUUAAUGGCCUAAGUUUCAACACAUUCUUGGGCAGUGUCUCAAAUGGCGAAGGGCCAACAGUUUUGAUUGUUAAGGAUAAAGAAGACUGCAUAUAUGGAGGUUAUGCUUCUCAGCCUUGGGAAAGGCAUGGCGAUUUCUAUGGAGACAUGAAGUCUUUUCUCUUUCAGCUGUAUCCUAAAGCUUCAAUCUUCAAGCCCACUGGAGCAAACAACAAUAUACAAUGGUGUGCUGCGAAUUUUAGUUCAGAAAACAUCCCAAACGGCAUUGGUUUUGGUGGCCGAGUAAAUCACUUUGGUCUUUUCCUCUCAGCAAGCUUUGAUCUAGGACAUACCUUCACUUGCACCACAUUUGGUAGCCCUUCCCUUUCUAAGACCAGUCGUAUACUUCCAGAAGUUAUAGAAUGCUGGGGAAUUGUUCAAAAAGGAGUACAGCAAGAAAAGCAGGAUGCCCUGAAAGUUACAGUAUUGGAGAGAUUCAAGGAGGAUCGCCACAUGCUCAACAUGGUCGGGCUUGCAAAUUCGAGCGAAUAAUUCUAGUGAGCUUUCUAGCAUCACAGUAUGCAAUUCCACAAAAUGACUUACAGUAAUAGUUGAUCUAGUGCCCAUGUGCAUAAGACAUUGGAUUCUGAUAUGGUAUCUACAGUUAAAUGGAGCUAUAUUCGACGGCUUAUGACCUGACAUUAUACGUGAUUGAAUUUAUUUUGGUUAA